CGCCGCGCUCCAGAAAAAGCAAGCGCGCGCAGCCGCCCUUCCGCUAGCCGCUCGCUUCGCCUCCCCCGGCUGCAGCAUGGAGGUCUUGCCGCGGACCGUGGAGCUCUUCUAUGAUGUGCUGUCCCCCUACUCCUGGCUGGGCUUCGAGAUCCUGUGCCGGUACAAGAACAUCUGGAACAUCAACCUGCACCUGCGCCCCAGCCUCAUUUCAGGGAUCAUGAAAGACAGUGGAAACAAGCCGCCAGCUUUGCUUCCCCGCAAAGCCAAGUAUUUGGCAAGAGACAUUAGGCUCCUGAGACAACAUCUCCAGGUUCCCAUCCAGUUCCCCAAGGAUUUCUUCUCUGUUAUCCUUGAAAAAGGAAGUUUGUCAGCCAUGCGAUUCCUCACUGCUGUGAACUUGGAGCACCCUGAGGUGCUGGAGAAAGUGUCCAGGGAACUGUGGAUGCGCGUCUGGUCUCGGGAUGAAGACAUCACGGAGCCUCAGAGCAUCCUGGCUGCUGCAGAGAAGGCUGGCAUGUCCAUGGCACAAGCCCAAGGACUUCUGGGAAAGAUCUCAACACCACAGGUGAAGAACCAGCUCAAGGAGACCACUGAGGCAGCCUGCAAAUAUGGGGCCUUUGGUCUGCCCAUCACCGUGGUCCACCUGGAUGGCCAAACCCACAUGCUGUUUGGCUCUGACCGGAUGGAGUUGCUGGCAUACUUGCUGGGAGAGAAGUGGAUGGGCCCAGUGCCUCCAGCCAUAAAUGCCAGACUUUAAAGGAUGCCCAGAGGAAGCAAAACUAUUGGUAUAAAAAAGCAGACCAUCUGCCAACUCCUCCUCCACUGUGGGGUACUGGGACAGUUUCCCUGUGUAAUAGAGGUGCCUGUGUGGCCCUGGGGGAGGCAGGGAGGGCUGAGCGGUGCAACUUUCAUGGCUGCUCUUACUUCUGUGUCUCACUAGUGCCUUUCAAGAGCCUCAAGCUCUGCUUUCCCACAAAAUAAACCUAAUGCCAUUAGGCAUAA